AAAAAGUUGAAUACCAGGUAUGGCAACUGAUCUUUCUUUCUCCUUCAGGGAGAAAGAAAAUAAUGGUAAGCGACGCAGCCAAACUGGGUUACAGCUUCAAUAAUACGCUGGCUCGAGUGUUCCUCCGUGCUCCAUAUUCCACUAAUGAAUCUAAACUUGCCGUGGUUAAUGGUGUGAGUAUGAACAUAGUCAGUUCCACUUCUAUGUACAAGCAGAGGUGGCUGCUUCUGUUGAUUGACACAACUGUCUCAUGUCCUAUCGAUGGCACCAGCUUCACUGAUACUGCUAUAACUUGGACUGUGCCAAGCAUUAUCCCUACACUAGUGCCUCAAGAACCCACCUUCGUGUCCAAAAACAUUUCAGUGGGAGUUGAUGGCCAAAGAAUAAUGCACCCUGAACAGAAUUAUAUUCUGGAACAUAACAAGACACACAUUCAAAUGACUAUCCCCAUUGGAGCAACUGGGGGCAGAUUAAAGAGCACUGUAGCCAAUGGAGUCCAUGGCAUAAUCUAUAGCAUCGACUUAUUCUUGGAGCACACUUGGACAGAUGUAGAUUGGCAUAUGACUAAGUACACUGUGAUCAAGCCCAUCACUACACCUUUCAUGCCUCGAAUACCAACAGUCAUCAACAAUACUCUUCCAGAGAAGAGAACAUUUGAUGUUGCAUUUGGAUCUUUUCUUCCUGACGUCUCUCUGGUGACAAUCACAAUAGGAAAUGUGCCACUUUCUCCAAGAGAGGCAGAGCGUCAUGGGUACAAAGUUUAUGAAAUUACUUUCCCCAAUGGAACAAAGGGAUUUAACUUAGAAGUGCCUUUUGAUGAUCCUGCUGUUCUGAAGGAGUAUGUGAAUAGAAAUGAAACAAAAUAUACCCUCCGUGUUAACUAUACUUUAGAUGUGGGUCCUGAAAUGAAACCAUAUAAUCAUCCAGCAGAAAUAGAAUGUGUGGUUGCUGAUAUUGAACUACCAGAAGCAGUUGGUUACUGUGAUAAAGAGAACCUGUAUCUAGCAGUUCCCGUUUCAGCUCUGAAUCAGUACUGGAACCUGUAUGUUGGUAACAAACUUCUGAAUCAGCAAACUGUGCUCUCAAAUAGGUAUCUCCUGACGACCAAUUCUACCCAUCUGGUGUUGCAAGUACCUCUGUUUACUAUGGGGAUUAUCUAUGAGGAAGUGUCCUUUCAGAGACUCAAAACUAGGUUUGAUCUUGCACUCAGGAAAGCAAAUACUUUGGAGACCAUAAAAAUAUUCUCUGUGAGCUGCAAUUUUAAUUCUUCAGAAUUUAUAGUGUGCUACCCUAAUGGAACUGUAACAGUAUCUGCCCCAAUGAAGACUAUUCCUUCCAUUGAUAUGGGCAAAAUAAAACUGAAAGACAGCACCUGCAAGCCCAAAGAAUUUAAUGAAGAACAAGCCUUCUUCCAGUUCCAUGUCUCCACUUGCGGCACUUCACUAAAGUUUGAAGGUGAUCACAUUAUUUAUGAAAAUGAAAUAUCUUAUGAGAAAGAGAUUCUCCCAGCAUGGGGACCACCUAAAAUCACAAGAGAUCCAGAUUAUAGAUUGACAGUCUUGUGCUAUUACCCAACAAAAGAGAGACUGAUGCAUAUUGCUAUGGUUAGCGAUCUACCUACAAAUGGAUCCCCUCGUUUUGGCUAUGGUACAAUGAUGUUGAGAUCAAGUGUUGCAGGACACAGAAGGACCAGACAAGUUCUGAAUAUAAUCGCAAGGGUAUCCAAAGAUGAAUCUUUCAUGGAACUUUAUGAACCAAAUUUGACAAUAGUUAAAUCUUCCUUGGAGCCCAUGUUUUUUGAGGUAGAGCUAAAAGAUGAGGAACCCAAUGUUGAAUUACACUUGAAUAACUGCUGGAUGACUUGGUCUUCAGACUUCAAAAGCACCUCACAAUGGAACAUUACUGUGGAUGGGCAAGUAGAAGUAGCUUAAAUGACAAAACUGUUCAUGAGAAGCAUCUUGAUCACUUCUAACUGUGCUGUUGCUCUAAUCUCUCAAAUAGCUGUGGGAACGAAAACAACAAAUGUGUUACAGAGUUCUAUCCAGUAUCUGUUAGUAGGAGAGUGAAACAUCCCACUCACUUUAAAAGACUGGCAGUAAGGAUGCUGAUACCUCUGCUGGGACAGGUGCACUUGCACUGCACAGUCACAGUUUGCUCUCCUCCUAAAGUAUCAUCUGGCAACAUUUGGACCUGUGGAGGCUGGUGUGACCCUAACAGGAAGAGGAUGGAUCAGCACUCUGACCCAUAUUCUGGUAUCCACGGUUAUGUACUGGCUGGGCCAGUCUGGAUUGUUUAUCCUCAACCAACUGAGGAGAAAAACAUACACGACUAAACUAGAUGCUGACACACAAACUUGCUGUCCACUGGACUCCUCCUGUGUCUGAUCAUAACUGCUUUAUUAUUACUUCAUAAACUGAUUUUCAUGAAGGGUAAAGUGCAAAUCUGAAACAUCAGCUAAAAGUAUUGCUUCAAUACACACAAGCUAUUGUAAAUAAAUAAAUACACAGAACAUGUGCCUAACAGGAUCCCCACGUUUAUGGUUUGUUCCCUGUAAAAUUUAAUAGGCUGUGCUCUCUUCUCUCAGUACAAACUCUCAGCCUGGAUACUGAUGCAUCUAGUGCUGGCACAAGCUUAAUCUAAACUAGAUACUCGAAGGAAGGGGUCUCCCUUUCCUGUACCUGUCAGUGUACAAUAACAGCAACUGUGCA